GUCCUGGGUCUUGUAGUGUAGUGUAAACAAUGUCGUCCAUCGUGUUUUCAAUACCCCUUGUACUAUUAGUAAUUUCCACAUGUAAUGCAGACAGACCAUCUGUAGAGAUUUCUACUGGUACACUAAUCGGUACCGUGGAAGAAUUCAGCAGUGAAUUCGUGGACGGUACACGGACUGUACAUGCCUAUAGGGGUAUACCGUACGCUGAACCACCGGUCGGUGACCUGAGGUUUGCACCGCCUAAACCCAAGACACCAUGGCAAGGGGAGUAUGAUGCUAGUGACUUCCGUACUGCGUGCAUACAACCAGACAACCCGAUGAUACCAGUCGACAAAAUACAAGACGAAGACUGCCUGCACGUGAGUGUGUAUGUACCACAGCCAUCGAAUGAUAAAAAGUCUGUCAUGGUAUGGAUUCACGGUGGAGGUCUCACUUAUGGAUCUGGAACAAUGUUGCAUGAUGGGACUGUAUUAUCCGCGUUAAAUGACGUCAUUAUUGUCACCAUCAAUUACCGACUUGGGGUGUUUGGAUUUUUCAGCACAGGUGAUGACGUAGCUUCCGGUAACUAUGGUUUUCUUGACCAAGUAGAAGCACUUCGCUGGGUCCAGCAGAAUAUAGCAGCCUUUGGUGGGGAUCCCGAUAACGUUACCAUAUUUGGUCAGAGUGCUGGUUCUAUUAGUUGUCAUGCGCACAUGCUAUCUGAGAUGAGUAAAGGUUUGUUCAACAGAGCCAUUCUACAGAGCGGAACUGCCAUUAUUAAAGGUUUCUUCAACACUGAUCCAGUUAAAAGUAAGCGAGUAGCUGCUGGUCUUGGUCACGUGGUUGGAUGUGAAAAAGACAACACGGUGGAUUUACUCAAGUGCCUUCGUUCUCUACCAGCCGAGGAGUUUUUAGACGCAGACGAUCCAUCAAAGGGUAUUAUAGCGAACGUUACCGGGAUGGAUGACUUGAUGCUUCCCUUUUUACCCAACGUGGACGGGAUUUUCCUUAAGGAGGAUCCCAUGGUUACCGCCAAAUCUAGACCAUUCAAUGACGUGGACUUGAUGAUCGGUACGAUGGCGGACGAGGGAAUGGUGUUCAUCGUGGGGCUCUUUCCGGAAGCGGAAGAUAAGAGUGAUAUAACAAUGAACAAGACAACGUAUGAUGGGAUGUAUCCACAUAUUAUUCCCGAGGCGAAGAACGACGCUGUGCUGUCCAUGUUGGAGCUACUGUACGUCGACUGGGAUCACGCGGACGACGACGAAGCGAACUACGUGGACGCUAUUAGUCAAAUGGCCGGUGAUUGGAUGUUUGUGUGUCCAUCUGACACGGUGGCGCGGUCCCACGUUGAGGGCGUUCGCACGACGUACUUGUAUCAAAUGACGCAUGUGCCGACAAACACGUUAUGGCCAAUCGAGACAUGGAAGGCCAACCACGGAGAUGACGUCAGUCUUGUGUUUGGGAUUCCUCUGUUUUCUGAGAAGCAGUUGGCACUCGGUGGAGAUGAAACCUCAAUGUUUAAGUAUCCAAUCAGCGAGGAGGACGUAAAGAUGUCCCUGGCAGUCAUGAAAUACUGGACCAAUUUCGCCAAAACUGGGUGA